AUGUUACAGCCAGAACUGGUUCCUACUCAGGUAAGGGUGUUGGGAAAUUUAUAUAAUGAAGACUGUACAACUACUGACUGCCUGCCACAGGAGGAGGAUGAAAACCCGUUUAACUUCAGCCCGCAACUCAUCAUGUACCUUCACAAGGACCACGAACUGUUUGAGGAUGGAGAUGUUGAAAGACACAUGUACCUUCAAGACCUUUAUAUUUCAGAGGCAGACGGCGACAAACAGACUCUCAGAGUGUCAGAAUUUGCCUGUCACAUCUCAGGCUGCAACGCAGUCCAUGCCACUUUAGAGGAGUAUGAGCAUCACUACAACUCCUUACACCGUCAUGUGUGCUCCAUCUGCCGACGCUCACUACCCACUGCUCGCCUCCUGGAUAUUCACAUUCAGGAGUGGCACGACUCUGUCUUCAUGGUCCUGGCACAGCGGCAAGACAUGUACCAGUGUUUGGUGGAGGGCUGUGGACACAAAUUCAGGACGAGCACACUCAGGAAGGACCACCUGAUACGAAUUCACAAGUACCCUCCAGACUUCAGAUUUGACAAACCCAAAAGAGAAAAAGGACAUCAAGAGACAAAGCAGCAGCAGGCAGAAACAGCGAUGGAGGUAGCGGACAACGUGAGCGCGGUUCUUUGUGAAGAGCAGUCCAAACAGGCAGAACAAGAGGAAUCCAUGGAAAUGCCCUUAUCCACAACAGAGAUCCACUUUUGUGAAAAGGGUGCCUCACAUGAGGAACAGGCAGCAGGUCACAACACAAACGAUGAACAUUUGAACCCACGAUAUUCCUACAGGGUUCCCUCCACUGUGUGCUUUGGUCAUGGCUCCACCCGAGGUUUCAGAGGUCAAAGAGGAAGGAGGAAAUGA